GUUGGAGAUGGUAUUUUCCUUGGGCUUGCUCGAGUUCUAAGACCUUUGGCCCAGUUUUUCCGAAGCAGGCAGAGGCCUCGAUAAGCUAAGGCGGGGCUUCCUGAGGCUGGAGUCCUACAGACUUAUAAAGCCCGACCCACGACCGCUGGGCAUCUCUCCCUGGGCCCGAGGACUGCCGGCUUUCUGCUGAUACCCUAGAGAUGCAGCGGCUUUUGGCUCCAGCAAGGAGGGUCCUGCAAGUAAAGAGAGUGGUGCAGGAAGCCUCACUCACCCCUGCUCACCCGCUCUCGGCAGCCCAACAGAGGUUUUUCACAAUCCCCCCUGCUCCCCUGGCCAAAACAGACACUUGGCCCAAAGAUGUGGGCAUCCUUGCCCUGGAGGUCUACUUUCCAGCCCAGUAUGUGGACCAAACUGACCUGGAGAAGUUCAACAACGUGGAAGCAGGGAAGUAUACAGUGGGCUUGGGCCAGACCCGCAUGGGCUUCUGUUCGGUCCAGGAAGACAUCAACUCCCUGUGUCUGACAGUGGUGCAGAGGCUGAUGGAGCGCACAAAGCUGCCAUGGGAUGCUGUGGGCCGCCUGGAAGUGGGCACCGAGACCAUCAUUGACAAGUCCAAGGCUGUCAAAACAGUGCUCAUGGAACUCUUCCAGGAGUCAGGCAACACUGACAUCGAGGGCAUCGACACCACCAACGCCUGCUAUGGCGGCACGGCCUCCCUCUUCAAUGCUGCCAACUGGAUGGAGUCUAGCUACUGGGAUGGUCGCUAUGCUCUGGUGGUCUGUGGUGAUAUUGCCGUCUACCCAAGUGGUAACGCCCGGCCCACAGGUGGCGCUGGGGCUGUGGCAAUGCUGAUUGGGCCCAAGGCCCCUUUAGUCCUGGAGCAAGGGCUGAGGGGAACCCACAUGGAGAAUGCAUAUGACUUCUACAAACCCAACUUGGCCUCCGAGUACCCGCUGGUGGAUGGGAAGCUCUCCAUCCAGUGUUACCUGCGGGCCUUGGAUCGGUGCUACGCAGCCUACCGCAAGAAAAUCCAGAAUCAGUGGAAGCAAGCUGGAAACAACCAGCCUUUCACCCUCGAUGAUGUGCAAUACAUGAUCUUCCACACACCCUUUUGCAAGAUGGUCCAGAAAUCCUUGGCUCGGCUGAUGCUCAGUGACUUCCUGUUAUCCAGCAGUGACACACAGAACAAUUUAUACAAGGGCCUGGAGGCCUUCAGGGGUCUAAAGCUGGAAGAAACCUACACCAACAAGGAUUUAGAUAAGGCUCUUUUGAAGGCCUCUCUGGACAUGUUCAACAAGAAGACCAAGGCCUCCCUUUACCUCUCCACCAACAAUGGGAACAUGUACACCUCGUCCCUGUAUGGGUGCUUGGCCUCACUUCUCUCUCAUCACUCUGCCCAAGAACUGGCUGGCUCCAGGAUUGGUGCCUUCUCCUAUGGAUCAGGCUUAGCAGCGAGUUUCUUUUCAUUUCGAGUGUCCAAGGAUGCUUCUCCAGGUUCCGCUCUGGAGAACCUGGUUUCUAGUGUGUCCGAUCUGCCCAAACGUCUAGACUCUCGGAGACGCAUGUCCCCUGAGGAAUUCACAGACAUAAUGAACCAACGAGAACAAUUCUACCACAAGGUGAACUACUCACCACCUGGUGACACAGGCAACCUCUUCCCAGGUACUUGGUACCUGGAACGAGUGGAUGAGAUGCAUCGCCGCAAGUAUGCCCGGUGCCCCGUCUAAAGGAGGCCAAUCCAUGCAACAGUUCCUGGGGAACGAACCUGAACAGAGCUGCUGCCCAGUGUCUGCUUAAAAUUCCACCCACAGCUGUAAAUAAUGAAUAGACGCGGUAGCCCCAGAGGUGAAGGGCCGCCACCCUCAGUGGGUCCUUCGUGAGUAUCCCCGCCACAGGCUCAUGCAGCUGAGGACCAGAGCUCCCCUGUGAAGAGGAAGAUGGAAGGAAGGAGGAUCACUGAUGCCCCAGUGGAAGCAGAUCAGAUGUCUUCUCACACAUCCAGACAGACCCACCAUUUGUUACAGCUUAUGAUCAGACUUCUCUGCUGAUACGUUUUAUGCUCAUUUCUUCAAGUUUCCUAAGAAUUUCUAAAUUUUGUAUCUUGUUCUAAAAUAAUAUAUGGCAAUUAAAAUGAGAGAAGAAAUGAUGUAUAUUAUCUAGAAGUCAAGACCUACUCAGAGUGCGGGCCACUCAGCUCAUGACCUUAACCCUUCCAUUCAGUCUAAUUCUCCAUAAUUCUGCCCAAUUCUGCCAAGUACUGUGGCAGAUACAAGGCAAACAAAGUGACCCGGAGGUUCCCCCUGCUCACUUCUGUAUCCUACAGACACCCUAUCCAGGCAGGCCCAGCAGGUGCUUGGUAAAUCAACCCCCCUUAGCACGUGUGGCCAGUGUUACCUAGACCAAACAUAAAAACAAAACCCAUAAGGUUGGCCAGGCAUGGUCAUGCACAUCUGAAGUCUCAGCACUUGGGAGGCUGAGGAAGGGUGAGUUCAAGGCUAGCUUGGGUUAUGUGGGGAGAUCUUAUCAGAACAAAAGGAUGAGGCAGAGGUAGAAUACUCUCUGCCUUGGGGAAAGAGAAUGUGGCUUUUCCAGGGUCCUCAUAAGGCAGCAGCAGUGGUUUAGGGAUGGGA